AUGCUUGCAAAAUUUGAUCCUGUGAUGCAAAAGCAUUUAGCACUUGCUGACACUUCAGACCAUUAUUGCGGGAAAAAUAUUCAAAAUGAGUUAAUAGAUUUAAUGUCUCAAAAGGUUAAUGAUGAAAUAAUAAACCGAGUCUUGAAAGCCGUUUACUAUUCAAUUAUUGCUGAUUGUACACCUGAUAUUUCUAGAAAAGAACAACUUUCUCUUACUAUUCGAAUUGUUGACUUGUCAUUAGACAUUAGAGUGGAAAUUAAAGAGUACUUUUUAGGAUUCUUUUCUGUUUCUGAUUCUACAGGCUUAGGACUUACUGAGGUUUUAAUCGAGUUGCUAACUAAGCAUGGACUUGAAAUCUCUAACUGCAGAGGUCAAGGGUAUGAUAAUGGAUCAAAUAUGAAAGGAAAGAUUAAUGGUGUACAAAAAAGGAUUUUAAAUCUGAAUCCUUUAGCAUUAUAUGUUCCUUGCGGCAACCAUAGCUUAAAUUUGAAACUCUGUGACACGCGGUGGGAAGCAAAAAUAAGUAGUGUUAAAGCCGUUCGUUAUCAAGUUGGUGAUGUACAUGACGCUUUGAUAGCAUUGUCAGAAAUUGAAGGAUGUAAUCCUGAAACUGCACAUGAAGCGAUAACUCUAGGAGAGCAAUUAAAAGAUUUUAGCUUUCUUGUCUCUUUAAUUGUCUGGUAUGACGUUCUUUUUCAAGUCAAUAUUGUUAAAAACUAUAGAAAAUGUGGUUUUAAAGAUGCAAUUAUAAAAGCAAAGGAUUUGGCUUUAGAAUUACAAGUGGAGCCUGCUUUUAAACCACUUAAAAGAAUAAUACGAGUGAAACGCCAUUUUGACGAACCAGCCCAAGAUGGGAUUUAUUUAUUUUCUCCUGAAAAAAAAUUAGAAAUCGAUUUCUUCAAUCCUCUUUUAGACACAUCUUUAAUUUCAAUAAGAGAAAGAUUUAUACAGUUGGAGAAUUAUUCCGAAGUUUGGGGUUUUUUGUAUAAUGUCGAUAGUUUGCAAAAAAGAGAAGAAAUUCUAAAAUCGGACAAUAAUGGUGUUCUCCUUUGCGAUGAACUGAUAAGCAUUAAACCUUUUCUUUCUGAAAUGAUCAAGGAUAAAAUUACUCCUAUUAUUGUUUUAAACUUUAUAAAACAGCACAAAAUGCAAGAUUUGUAUCCAAACACAUGGAUUGCAAUGCGAAUUUUGCUAACAAUACCUGUCACUGUAGCGAGUGGAGAAAAAAGCUUUUCCAAAAUGAAACUAAUAAAAACCUAUCUGCGGUCAACAAUGCCGCAGGAUAGACUUUCAAGUUUAGGAACCCUAUCGAUUGAAAAGAAUAUUGCAGAAAAUCUUGAUUUUUCAACCCUAAUCAAAGAUUUUGGUGAUAAGAAGGCUCGUAAGAUUAAUGUAAAAAAUUAA